CACGUGUCCCCCCCCGCAGUCGAGCGGCGCCGGCGCUUCAACAUCAACGAUCGGAUCAAGGAAUUGGGGACCCUGAUCCCCAAAUCCAGCGACCCGGAAAUGCGCUGGAACAAGGGCACCAUCCUGAAGGCGUCGGUGGAUUACAUCCGGAAACUGCAGAAGGAAACGCAGCGAGCGCGGGAGCUGGAGCUGCAACAGCAGCGGCUGGAACAGGCGAACAGAGGGCUCAGGAUGAGGCUGCAGGAACUGGAGCUCCAGGCCCAAAUCCACGGGCUCCCCCUGAGCCCCCCCAUGGCUGAGGGGGGGUCCGAGGAGGUUCCGGGGGGUCCCCAAUUCCCUCCUGGGGGUCCCCCCGUCCCCCCGGCCCUGCUGGAGCUUCCACCGGGGCUGGGGCUGCCCCUGGGGGGUCCCGAGGGGGGGUUCGAGGACAUCCUGAUGGACGAGGGCGGGGGGCUCUCCCCCCUGGGCCCCCCCGGAGCC